AUGGAGCUGCCAUUGAUUCAAGCUCACUUUGGCACAUUCCUACUGCUGGUGGUUUCAAAGUUGCUUCUGUGGGAGAAAACUGCAUCAAUUUCUGCAUGUGACACAGAAGAGGAAGGCUGCAUGGAAUACUUUGUAGAAGAAACAUUUACCAAUGCCAACCUGUUAGCUAAAAACAUCCUUAAACUUACUGAGCAAAUGCACCAAGAAUUUCUCCACAAUGAAUUCUCUUCCAGACAUUUUGCAGCCUUUAAUGCACAACUGGUUAAGCAGAAUCAGCUUAUUCUCAGAGCCAGAACUUACUGCCACUCUACUAUCACAAACCCCCCAAAUAUUGGACCUGAAUACAUAAAUAUCAGCACAAAAACAUAUUUAAAAAUGUUGAUCAAUUUUGUGGGUGCCUGGAUCAGCCCUCUAUACCAUCUAGUGACUGAACUGAGUGCUAUGCAAGAUGUCCCUGAAACUAUCCUCUCAAAAGCCAAAGUGAUUGAAGAGAAUAACAGAGACCUUCUGAGUGACCUUCAGUUGGUACUCACCAAGGUUUAUCCUACAGAAAAGAAACCAGAAGUAUUUCCCAGCUGGGGACAUGUUUCAUCCAUAACAUCAAAUGACAAAGAUGAUAAAUUUUUGGCCAUAUUUAACCUUUCCUACUGCCUACGUGUGGAUAUCUACUACACUGAAUUUCAUAUCAAAUCUUUGAAAUGUCGAAUAAUUGGGAAAGAUUGCUAA